AAAAAAAAUUACUCUUUUGUUAUACACUGAAAUUACACCAAUUCAUUACGAAACGAUGACGCUAAACUUUUUCUAGACCUAAUCGAUGUUUGUAAUUGGGUGCUUCGUGACGGUGACAACAAUAUGACCCAUUUUUAAUCCAUCUCGUGAAUCUGUUUUCAAAAACGUAGAUGCCAGUGGAGUCUCAUUUGAGGUUAAACACUGCGUCGCUUGUCAUCAAGUAAACACUGUUAUAACUUUGUCUAUUCUGAAUUUUUAUCGUUGAAUUCACAUUUGCGAUAUAACUGGGACAUUUAAAAAUAAAAACUAUGGCAGACAUGAUAUCUGCUGAACUUGCUGCUACCUGUGCGGCUCUUGGAUUUAAUUGUGGUACCGAUUAUCGAUUGCAACCUCAUGCUUUAGAUGUUAUCAAGGAUCUGAUAAAAUAUUUGAAACGUGAUGACGAAUGCCAUACGGUCAGACAAUAUCUUGGACAUGCCAAGUUGCUGGAAACGGACCUCAAGAAAAUUUUUAUACAAUUUUAUGCUAAUAAGGAAUUGUGGGAUGUUCUUUUGAGACUUCUUAUUAACCUGACCAGUCCAGCGUUGAUAGUUUACAAUGAGGAAUUACCAUCGGAAAAGACGAAUCGCAGUACCUACGAGCAAUUGGUUGUUUACCUGCAAAAUUACAAGGUUGCUUUUGCCGAUGAUCGUGUUUGGUCUGUUGUCGGACAACGUCUGCAAAGUAUUCUUAACAUGGAUCCACUCGAAAGAGGUGAGGACAACGAAAUGAUCCUCGAACGAAUUUUAACGCUUAUACGAAACGUCCUUCAAGUUCCACCAAAUGACAACGAAAUACGAGCUGAAAACGAUGCAACUGUUCACGACGAGGUACUUUUCGCACUUCACACGUCGGGGCUCGUUGACACGCUUUUAUUUCUCGCCAGCAAUGCAUCUGAACAGCAGUACCACAUUCAAGUUCUUGAGAUUAUAACGCUCAUGCUGAGAGAACAGUGUCCACAAAAAUUGGCAACUGCUGGGCAACAGCGCAGCAGUAGCGAGAAAAACGAAGAUUCCGACAAAUUACUUAUCAUCAGAGAUAGGGAGAUUAAGGAGAGGAUGGAAAAGAUCAAGAAAUAUGCAGGUUCCAGACAUUCACGAUUCGGCGGAACAUUUGUCAUCCAAAAUAUGAAAGCAAUUGGUGAUAAUCAACUUUUAUGUCACAAACCCUAUCAGAAGUUGGAGGCCCUCGAAUUCAACCAGGAGAAGCGGAAAGUUAAGAGAUCGCAGAGGAAAAUGCCCAUGAGCGACUCGCGAACCGAGAGAACAUCGGCUCUGAGUGUUCGACUUUUUCUCAAAGAGUUUUGCGUCGAAUUUCUGAACGGCGCCUACAAUCCGCUUAUGAGAUACGCAAAAUCGUGUAUCAAUGGUGGCGGUGUUUCCGAAAUUGCAUCCUGUUACCUUUGGACUUUGCGUUUCUUCAUGGAAUUCAAUCGUCAUUACAAGUUUCAAGUGAAAUUUGUGAGCGAGACUAUUUCGACCGAAGUUUUUCAUCUCGUGCAAACGAGGAUGGAAUUUUUCUACGAGAUGAUGACGACGGAUAAAAAGAAAAUUCCGAGCUGGUCGAAAAAACUACAUUUGGGAGUGAAAGCCUAUCAAGAAUUGUUGCAUACUCUCGCUGCGAUGGACGCUACGAGUGACGAAGGCGUUAGGGAAUCAAGCAAAAUUAUCAAAAGCAACGUUUUCUACGUUCCUGAGUAUCGUGAAACCAUUCUGUCUCAGUUAUUGCACUACGACGACGUCAAAAUGUCGAGAGGGUACUUGGUCGAUCUCCUGACGACGGCUCACAUAUUUCUCAAAAUGUUGAAAGACUUUUGCCGGCAUAACCGUACGCUGGUGGUCGGAAAAAAGAAGGCGAGGAGAACGCAAGGGAAAGCGAAGAAACGUCGGAAGGAAGUGUCACAAGCGACGUCAUUGCCGGUGAAAUCGCUGGAGGAGAUUUGGGACGAGGCAGCACCGGAAAUAUCAGCCGUCAUGAGAGAGGGCACAAUACCCGUAGUCGUGCCAUUCGACGCGACCCUCGAAAUUCCAAUAGACCAGCAGAAAAGCGAAGCGAUGAAGAAAAUACAAAUAUUUCUACGUAAAAGGGAAUUCGAACGGGCGGUCGGGCUAUUGCGCGCGUCGAGGGAAGUGUGGCCAGAGAACGACUGCUUCGGUAAACCGGACAUUCCUGUGGAAGAAGAGUUUUUAGCUCUGAGAGAAAUAUUUUUUGCUCAACUGGGAGUCGAUAUCGAUUAUGGAAAUGAGGAGCAGCGGGAGAAGGGUGAUGAUAAUAAACCGGAGGACGAGGAGCAAGAGUUUGAGGAUGAAAACGACGGAGACGAGGAAGACGAGGAGGAAAACCUUGCUAGGACUGUCGAGGAAACGAAUUUCAACUUUGACGAGUUUCUGCGAAGAUUCGCCAACGUUAAAGUCGUCAAAUCGAUGGCUCUGCUUCUCCGACAAUUUGACGAGAAUUCCGAUCAACUCAAUUAUUACAUUGUUAAAAUGCUUCAUCGUAUUGCCUUCGACUGUAAAAUGUACGGAAUGAUGUUUCAAGCUUCGAUAUUCAGAAUAUUCCAAAGAAUCCUCGACUCCAAAUCAUCGCGAUACAAGGAAUUACAAAAAUUCGCUGUAUUUAUUAUCCGUAAAUUCACCGAAGUCGCUGCGAGAAAUCCAAAAGUCUACAUGGAAUUAUUGUUCUGGAAAAGUAAUCGCGAAGUCACAGAAAUGAUCGAAGGGUACGAUGCACCCACCAACGAAAAGGUCUCGCGUGCUCUUUGGUCGGAAGCUGAAGAAGACGAAUUGCGCACGUUGUUUAUGGAACAUCAAACAAAAAAUUAUUCGCAAGAUUUGGUAGAUUGGAUAUUGGAAAAUUUGAUAAGUGACAAUCGUACUCGUCGAGGUGUCAUGAAGAAGCUCAAAGAAAUGUGUCUCGUGGUGAAUCCGAAUACUAAAAAAACUGCGGCGCAGAAUCGCCCACCGAAAGAAUGGUCCGAAGAGGAAAUUGCUCAACUGACUGAACUUUGGGAGAAAGUUCGAGAGGAUCAAGAUCCGGUCGAUACGAUUCACGACGCUCUCACGGUGAAGCGAUCCAAGAAAGCCAUCAAAGAGAAACUUUUGGAGACAGGAUUGGCGAAUGAUCGAAAAGAAUUGCGCAAAAAACGACUUCGCAAUGGAGAGCCUCCGAAAGCGUCGUGGGAGACGAAAUCCGCGAGCGAAAACUCUGACGAAUCUGAAAGUGAAUCCGAAAGGGCUGAAAAUCGUCUUAAGAAGGCGAGCAAACCGAAGAAACGACAGCCGUCGGUUGUUUAUACAGAUGAACAAUUGUUCGGACUUUUGAAAGACGUUAUCGAUAAAAAAAUGGAGAAAGCUCUCGAAUGGCUGAAAGAAUCGCUUGAGGAUAUCAUCGAAGAUGAUGAAGAUCGAGACGAAAUGACCGCCGUCGAUGUCCCAUUGGUCCCUCUGACGGAGUAUUCCAUAACCGCAAUGGAGUCGCCGAGCUUCCAACGGCUUUUACGAGCAAUUAGUAUUGAACCUCCGGUCGAUGAGCAGGAAAUUUAUUGGCGUGUUCCUGGUUCCAUAUCCGCUGCGAUGAUCACUGAACGUUGCCGUCUCAUCGAGCGUGCGUUAUCAUCCGGAGAUACAUCGUUUCCGGGGUCGAAUGUUGAAAAACUUCCUGCUACGAAUAACGAUGAAGAUUCUGGCUUUAAUGUUGAAAGUAUUCCAGUUGAGAAAGGCGAUCAAUUACCGGCUGUCGAUUCGGAUGAAUCAAGUUCCGGUGAAGCGAAACGAGAUCGUUCCCAAGAUUCCGACACGGAAAUGCCAUUAUUGAAGAAACGUCGCGUUAUCAUCAGCGACGAUGAAGAUUACGAAGACGCUAAUAAAUCAAAGGUGGAAGACGAAAAUUCGCAACAGUUGAACAUUUCUUCUCGUCGGAAACUCAUAAGCGACGAUGAGGAUGAUGAUAAUUAAUAUUGACAUCAAAUCUUCAGGCGAAUCUGAUAUUUUUUUAAUUGUCAUAACCAUAUUCUAAAUAUAGGUUCGUUCAUUUCAAGUGUUAAGUGUUGCUCUAACGUUGUUAAAAAUGAUUCAACAUUUAAAAUACGUGCGCGACGAUAUUAUUGUAUACAGUUUGUUUCUAUUUUAUAAAUAAAAUUGACUUCAAAAAUCA